AUGGGGCCGCCGCGGCCGCUGGGGCGCCCGCCUGCCAGCCGCGCGCGCGCGCCGCCACGCCCGCAGGCGCGCCCCGCUGCGGAGCCGUCGCAGCGGAGCCUGCAGGUGGGAAUCUCCAAGGCGGCCUGCCCGCCGCCCGCGGAGCCCGCCCCGGAGCCCGAGGCCCCCGCGGAGCCCGAGCAGCCGGCGGCGCACGACCUCGUGGUGACGCUCGCAGGCACGGACGACAAGCUUGGCAUCCGCGCGCAGUUGUGCGGGGAGUACAACAAGGUCGGAGAGAACCACGACAAGCCCACGUACAGGAAGGACGUGAAGGGCCCCAAGGCCAGCAGCAAUGUGUUCCUCUAUUUCUGGAACGACAAGCAGUGCCAGGUCUGGCUGCACAACAAGCAGCGCAGCAGCGCGUUCGGGAACCCACCAGAGGCGUGA